AUGGACGAACAGCUUAAUGACGUAUCAACAAAAAAGGCGAAGGCUAAAGGAGAACGUCGCCGCAGCCGCCCCGAAACGGAUCCCGCUCGGGACGAAAUAAAGAAUUUCAAAGAAAAUCUACUCCAAUCAGUGUCUACCUCGGAGACGAUCGAGAACAAAUUUGUAAAAGAUCAAAAGUCGCUUAGCCGUUCCAUAUUAUCGGAUAGCGGUCUGGAUUUGCCGGUGCAGGCCAGAUCUCGAUCGGCUUCCAGAGCUCGUGAAGCACUAUCCAUACCUUCCAACGUCUUAGCCGAGAUAGACGAGAAUAAACUCUUUGAACUAAAAGAGGCAUUUUUGCUGUUCGAUUUAAAUGGAGACGGGUGUAUUGAUUACAACGACCUACGCGGAACCCUGGUUAGUCUUGGAGACAAGAUAGAUGACCAGGCUAUUCGCAAUAUGUUAGCUGAGGCACCAAGCCCCUUGGACUUCGAUGGUUUCGUUAAUCUACUUGGAUACAAAACUUUAGAACUCGAUUCCGAAGAGACGCUUGUAGCUGCUUUGUCACGGUGGGAUCCAAAUAAUACAGGACUCAUUUCAGAAGAAAGAAUCCGACACGAUCUCAUGACCUGGGGCGAUCGCUUCACCGCAAAAGAAGCAGACUACGCUUUAGACGAAGCACCGAUAGUCCAAAAAGAAGUCGGCACCAUGAUAGACUAUAUACGGUUUUGUAGUCAGUUGAGUGGUCUUCGCAAACCAAAUAAGCCCAGAGAUUAA